AUGGGCCCGGUUGAGAUGCUCACCAUCAUCGAGAACAAACUGGAGGAGUACAACCGCUACGUGAUGGACCCCACGAACGGCAUCGAGGAGGGCCUCAUUCAAGCCGUUUUGAAGGCCGGGGAUAAGGAGCGGCGGCUUCUUACCCGGCUCCAGCUUAUUGCGGAGCAGGAACGCGCUCAGGAGGAGCGCGUUCGACAGGCCCUCGAGCGUUCCAACGCGCCGGUGAUGCGGCGGAUCGGGAAGCCGGUCCUGCCGCGUUCGCACCUCCCACGGGACGGUAAGACCCGCACGGCAAAACGGGCGUCCAUCCGUAAGGAUGAGCUCGAGGAGAGCAUUCAGAAGUUCUUCCGUUGA